AUGCCUUUAAAAAUAGAUAGAAUCACACACCAAUGGACCUUGGAGGAUGAGGACAGGACAUGCGGAUGGUUGGCGAUGAGGACGCGAAACGCAAAGGCCAAAACGCGAAAAUAUGCCUAUUAUACGGCUGUAGAGGACGGGGUCUCUACAUCUGUGGGGGACUUAGCUACUGACUGUCCCCAGAAAACUCGAUCGCCAGUUGUGUGGAUGUGGAUGCGGGAGCUGUGGCAUGAACCGAAUUGGGAAGGGUGGAAGUUGGGGAGACUGAGGAAGUCAAAGCGCAUCACGUUUGGGCCAUGCUUUGCGAGCUGCUUGAUACCCAAGUCAAAAUCCUCCCUGGAGACAAUCCUGCGCUGUUUGAGGAUAGAGGCGUGGACACGAGGCUGGGAUGAUCUUCUUAAGCAAUUGGGCGAUAUCGUGUCUACUGCUUCACGCUUGGAUCUUGAGUUGGAUUUCGAUGAUGAGGGCCAAGGAUUGUUAGAGGAGGGUAAGCGCGCCUACAAGGCAUUCAAGAGGGAGAUCAAGGAUAUGAAAAGCAAGGCAAUCACAACUCCACCUCCUAACACACUGGCAUGCGCCAGACGCACUCAACAGAAGAUGGUGCCAGAAGUGGUGUUACCUCCCGUGAAAAGCAUUAUGGAGAAACAAUCCAUGAAACCUGUUGCGCGGGUGUCUGCAGAUCAGGCGCCUAUGUGUGAUCACUGCGUCCUGCUAAGUCUGUUUUGCAGAGGUACAUCAGAGGCAACUAAGAAGGCAGCCAAGACUCGCAAGGUGGAGUCUGUGCCUAACGCAUCAGUUGUUUCUGCAUUGGCUUCUGGUUCUCUGCGCCCUACCAACUUGUCCCCUGCACGCAACAUCAUGGAGAUUGAUACAUCCAAGUCGAGUGAGUCUGAGGUCAAAAAGGAGGUGGUUAUUUGUGGUUCACACAGCAUCCCAGCUCACGCCAUCAAGGCUCUCCCCUCAUGUGCAAUCGUGACUGGUAAGGGUAAGGAGGUGGUGUGCGGCACUCCAACUGAUGAUGCUGAUGAAUCCAAGGGCAAGUUGGAGAAGUUGAGGGCUGAGAAUGAGCACCUCAAGUCCAUCAUUCGUGGCAUGCGCCAGAACGCGUGCUCUCAUCAGAGUCAUCUGAUCACUCUGUCUACCCAGGCAUAUGCAAUGUCAUGUGAGAUGUCGCAGUUGGAUGAAGAGCUUGCCUUUUUGAACUAG